AUGGCGUUUCAAGCGAAACACAGAAGCACCAUUCAGUGCAUAGGAAAUUUUGGAUUUUACGAUUUCAACUAUGAUGGAAUUAUAAGACACGGUCCAAAUCGAACAGAAAAAAAUGUGCCGAUAAAAGAAAAGUGGAUCACUCAACCGUUGGAUCAUUUCCAUCUUUAUAGUCGUGAAUGGAAAAUGCGAUAUUUGGAAAACGAUAAUUACUUUAACGGUUCGGGACCAAUUUUUAUUAUGUUGGGUGGCGAGUGGCAGAUUGGGGAACAUUAUUUACAGUCUGGAUUAAUUCACGAUAUUGGCUUUGAACAUGGAGCUCUAAUGUAUAAAACUGAACAUCGUUUUUACGGAAAAAGUAUAGUAAGCCAGUACACCGGAGUUGAAUUUUUGAAAUUUUUGAACGUGGACCAAGCACUGGCCGACGUAGCAUAUUUUAUAGAAUUUAUAAAAGAAGAAAAAAAUCUGAGGGAUCGAAGCGUUAUUGUUUUUGGUUGCUCAUAUGCUGGGAAUAUGGCAGUUUGGAUGCGAUUAAAAUAUCCACAUUUGGUUCAGGCUGCUUAUGCCACCGGUGCUCCUGUAUUGGCGAAAGGAAACUUCUUUGAAUAUAUGGAAGUUGUCACUGCAUCAUAUAAAAAACAUAGUGAAGAAUGUGUGACUGAAAUUGCAAAAGCCAUAAAAUCUCUAGAAGAAAUGCUCCUUACAGAGAAAGGAUUAACAGCAAUUAAGGAACAAUUUAAUUUUUGUAUUCUACCAGAUACUUCAACUAUCAGUGGUUACGGAACUCUAAUUAAAAUUCUGACAAAUAAAAUUGUAGGUGCGGUGCAAAAAAAUAAUGUAUCUUAUGUUUGUCAAAUGAUGACAGACAAAAGUUUGAAAACUUCACUUCAACGAUUAGCUCAAUUAAAUCGCGAAUCAGAAGAUUGUAUCCGAGCGAAUUAUACCAUCCUUGUCUGUCUUAUGAGAUAUGAGCCCUGGCAUCCAAUUAUAUCUUCGCAAAGGCAAUGGCUGUUUCAAACUUGUACUGAAUAUGGUUAUUACCCAACAACUGACUCUGACAAUUCUAUGUUCGGUGCUUUCAAUGUGACAUUAGAGUACCACACAAAGCAUUGUCGAGAUGUAUUCGGGAAAGAAUACAAUGAACAUUUUUUGAGUCGGGGUAUAAAAAGGACGAAUCUUAUGUACGGUGGGAAAAAACCAGAUGUGAGGAAUGUUCUUUUCGUUAAUGGAAAUAGAGAUCCUUGGCAUGUACUUUCGGUCUUAGAGGAUCUGAACGAUUCCUCGCCAUCGAUUCUUAUAGAUGGUUCUUCACAUUGUACGGAUUUAGGCAACUUUCAAUUUUCAGAUAGCCUCAAUUUACUGUUUGCAAGAUACAGAAUACGCCAAAUUGUUGGAAAAUGGAUACAAUCGGGGUAUGGAGAAUUCAUUGAUCCUGAUUUGAAAGCAGUACGAGCCGAAACUUAGGGCACGAUCAACAAAAUUCUGUUUAGAAUUCCAUUUUCAAUACAGAAAUCUCAAGUUCUGUUUGAAAAUCCAUACUGAUAGGAGUUUAGGCAAAAAAAAACUGGAACUUUAAAAACUACCUACUGUAAAAAGUUAUCACUGAUGUAAAGAUUUUGUAUCUCCGUAAU